UAAUCAAAUUAUUGAAAGUAUUUUGGUAGAUUUAGAGACAAAACCUGCAAAAAGAAGAAAGCCAAAUGCCUCUGAAAAAGUUUUCAGAUGCUUCAGGUAUCGUGAACAGAGACUUGUUUGGAUUAUGUGUUUCUCAGCUAGACUAAAUAAAUGUUAACAAUGGAUAAGUGCAAACACAUUGGGCAGUUGCGGCUUGCUCAAGACCAUUCCAUCCUCAACCCUCAGAAGUGGCAUUGUGUGGACUGCAAUACAACUGAGUCGAUUUGGGCUUGCCUUAGCUGUUCUCAUGUUGCCUGUGGAAGAUAUAUUGAAGAACAUGCACUCAGGCACUUUCAAGAAAGCAGUCAUCCUGUCGCACUGGAGGUGAAUGAGAUGUAUGUUUUUUGUUACCUUUGUGAUGAUUAUGUUCUUAAUGAUAAUGCAACUGGAGACCUGAAGUUACUACGAAGUAUGUUAAGUGCAAUCAAAAGUCAAAAUUAUCAGUGCACCACUCGUAGUGGAAGGGUUUUGCGGUCUAUGGGUACGAGCGAUGAUACUUACUACUUAUAUGAUGGCACCCAAUCUCUGCUUCAAAAUGAAGAUCAAAUGUAUACUGCUCUUUGGCACAGGAGAAGGAUAUUAAUGAGUAAAAUCUUUCGAACUUGGUUUGAACAAUCACCCAUUGGAAGAAAAAGGCAAGAGGAACAAUUUCAGGAACAAAUAGCAAAAAGAGAAGUAAAGAAAAGACAACAAGAAUUAGAGUAUCAAGUUAAAGUGGAACUGGAAACUAUUCAUCCAAGAAAGAGUUUACGUUUGCAAGGUCUAGCUCAAUCUACCACAGUAGAAAUAGUUCCUGUUCAAGUUCCACUACAAACCCCAGCAUCACCAGCAAAAGAUAAAGUAGUAUCUACCUCAGGAGAUGUAAGAUUAAAAAAAGCCAGUGACUCCUCAGGUAAACGAAGCCUAAUAGUAACCCCUGGUGUAACAGGAUUGAGAAAUUUGGGAAAUACUUGCUAUAUGAAUUCUGUUCUUCAAGUGUUGAGUCAUUUACUUAUUUUUCGGCAAUGUUUUUUAAAACUUGAUCUGAACCGAUGGCUGGCUGUGACAGCUAGUGAUAAGACAAGAUCACCUUAUAAGCAUCUACCAAUCACAGAUACAGUGUAUCAAAUGAAUGAAUGCCAAGAAAAGGAUACAGGCAGCGCUCCCUCCAGACAUCCAAGUUUAUCAUUAGGACUAAGCGGUGGAGCGUCAAAGAGUAGAAAGAUGGAGCUUAUUCAGCCAAGGGAGCCGAGUUCACAAUACAUUUCUCUCUGUCAUGAAUUGCAUACUUUGUUCCAAGUCAUGUGGUCUGGAAAGUGGGCCUUGGUCUCACCAUUUGGUAUGCUACACUCCGUGUGGAGACUAAUUCCAGCUUUUCGUGGUUAUGCCCAACAGGAUGCUCAGGAAUUUCUUUGUGAACUUUUGGAUAAAAUACAACAUGAACUAGAGACAACUGGUACUAGAUUACCAGCUCUUAUCCCCACUUCUCAAAGGAAACUUAUCAAACAGGUUCUGAAUGUUGUGAAUAAUAUUUUUCAUGGACAACUUCUUAGUCAGGUUACAUGUCUUGCAUGUGACAACAAAUCAAAUACCAUAGAACCUUUCUGGGACUUAUCACUGGAAUUUCCAGAAAGAUACCAAUGCAGUGGAAAAGAUACUGCUUCCCAGCCAUGUCUGGUUACUGAAAUGCUGGCCAAAUUUACAGAAACUGAAGCUUUAGAAGGAAAAAUCUACGUAUGUGACCACUGUAACUCAAAGCGUAGAAGGUUUUCUUCCAAAUCAGUUGUACUCACAGAAGCACAAAAACAGCUUAUGAUUUGCCACCUACCUCAGGUUCUCAGACUACAUCUCAAACGAUUCAGGUGGUCAGGACGUAAUAACCGAGAGAAAAUUGGUGUUCAUGUUGGCUUUGAAGAAAUCUUAAACAUGGAGCCUUAUUGCUGCAGGGAAUCCCUGAAAUCCCUCAGACCAGAAUGUUUUAUCUAUGAUUUAUCUGCUGUAGUAAUGCACCAUGGGAAAGGAUUUGGCUCAGGACACUACACUGCCUACUGCUAUAAUUCUGAAGGAGGGUUCUGGGUACACUGCAAUGACUCCAAGCUAAGCAUGUGCACUAUGGACGAAGUAUGCAAGGCCCAAGCUUAUAUCUUGUUUUAUACCCAGCGAGUUACUGAGAAUGGACAUUCUAAACUCUUGCCUCCAGAGCUCCUGUCUGGUAGCCAACAUCCCAAUGAAGAAGCUGAUACCUCUUCUAAUGAAAUCCUUAGCUGAUCCAAAGACAGUGGGGCUUUCUUCUUGUGAUUUUAUAUAUACUUUUUAAAAGGGCUUACAAUUUGGAGCUUCAUUGUUUUAAUUUUUUACUUAGGAAUCAGUGCACUGUUUAUACAUUUUGUAUCUACAACAAAACUUUCACAGAGACAAGAUUAGCAUGAAUAUCAAUGACAGCGGGUAACUAAACUUUUUUCAAGUACUUGGGAGUUUUAAACUUAUAGUGUUUACUUCAGACUGGCAUUACCUCUUUUUUAUUUUGAUGUCUUAAUUGGCUCAGAUCAUGAAUUUGUGCAAUCUUUUACUGAAGUUCAGGUGGCAUCAUUUUAUACAUUUAUUUAUCUUUUGUAGGCAUUUUUUAUACAAAUUCUUUUUAGAUGGAAAAUUAGAUACUUUCUUCACUAAUAGUCAUACCAAAAAAAAAAAAAUUAUUUCAGGCCAUUUGUAUACUGAAGUUACCUUUGCCCCUUGAAGGGAGUUCAACCCUACAUUCAUUGUGAAAUAUCAAGGUAUUACCUAAAUACUCAUCAAUCAGACUAAUUGAUAUUCCUGAGACUUUGUGUAUUACAGGGCUCAGAAUAGACAUUAUUUUGGUUAAUGGAACUUCCAUUUUUCCAAAAAUUUAUUAAGUUUUAAUAAUUGUUCUUUAUUUGGCAUAGUCCAACUUUAUACAAAUGAAAAUUACAGCUUUAUAGUAUAUUUAAAUUACUUCAGUAGUGUGGACAUGAAAACAAUGAUGGCUGGGACUUAUGAUGAUGAUUUGUUUGGCAGCAAACAGGUUUGUCUAGAUUCCAAUAAGCAGUCUUACAAAAAAUCUGAAUUCAGCAGUAUAUUAUGAUA